CAUUUAGAGAGCGAAGAGGCACAGGAGGAAGAGAAGAGGGGAAGAGGAAAGACAAAAAGAGACGGAGUAGGAGCGAGGUUUUAAGUUAGGAAAUAACAAUAGCCUAUUUAUAUAUAUUUUUUUACCAUACGUUGCCUAUUAAACGGUACAAAAUAACCAGCAUAUAUCUAUUAUUAGUCCUUUGCAUUUUAAUGUAGCGUGGCAAGUUGUUCACCGUUCAUUCAAAGGAGCAAACUAAAUCUGCAAGCUCAGAAAUACAAACCUUUCCAGCAGUUUUUUCUUUUUUUACUCAAGGCAAAGGAAAGCACGAGGCUGGAAAAUAUUCCCAAACAAGAUAAACACUUGCGGACCACUUUUUAAACGUAUAACUAAAAGGAAAAGCAACGGAAAAAUACAUAUUUCACAAGGUUCAACAUAUUGUUAUUAUCGUUUAACUGGUUUUUGUUUUUUGCGUACUGAACAACCUGAAGCUUAUUAUAGCCUAUAUUCUUUGAGACAAAAUAAAAAUAGCGCAAGAUCUUUGUAUAUUUUUUACAAGAUUCAUAGUAAAAUAUUCACAGCACACAAAUAUUCACAAUUGACAAAUAUCAUGCAAGUUUGUAAGAAGGGGACAAUAGCAGAUCGCAUUGUUUCAUUUUAAACCGCUCACUGCAACUAGAAACGGAUAAGAAAUAUUGUGUAGCCUAUACAUUAACACUCGGUGCUUCCUGAAGAUAUCGGGGGACUAUGGCGGCGGUAACGAGCCCAGAAUCAAGCCCACAACCUCGGGUAUAUUUCCAAACGCCUCCCGGUACCAACGAAACUGAACCCCCAGUACGGAAACAAGGACGAGUGACCGUGAAAUAUGACCGAAAAGAACUGAGAAAGAGACUGAACCUGGAAGAAUGGAUUAUUGAUCAGCUAACGGAUCUAUACGACUGUGAGGAGGAGGCGAUCCCAGAGCUGGAGAUCGAUGUGGAUGAGCUUCUGGACAUGCCCAGCGAUACAGAUCGGGCCUCCAGGGUUAAGGACUUGCUGGUAGACUGCUACAAACCUACUGAUGACUUUGUGGCUGAGCUCCUGGACAAGAUCCGAGGCAUGCAGAAACUCAGCACUCCCCAAAAGAAAUAAGAGCUCGCCCCCUUGACCCCCAGCUUCCCACAGUUCUGUGCCCCGGGCAGGCAGCAGCGUGGGCUUGCUCAGCAGCACUUCCCACAAUCCCUCUGUGCUGGGUGGAAGGAAGUGAGGAGCCUUGCCAGUCAGAUUCUUACAGCAGGACAGCAGGGUUGAUUUGCUUCCAGUCUCUUUUUCUUUUGUUUUGCGGGUUUGAAGUGUGUGCAUAUUAUCUUAUCUUACCUAUUUCUAUAUAUCUACAUGCUAUACAUAUGCGUAUGUGUAGUGUGGUACAGCGAUAUUAGGAUGUGUUAUAACGGGAACUGGUUCCUGUCGGAAAUAUGGAUGCAGUACUGUACUGUGUGCAGUCCUUCGUAUUAGACCCAGCUAUGAUGUUCGGUGUGUUAUAGUAGCACUCAUAAGCAGAGGGACGAGAAUGAAGCGGCCUUGUUUUUAUUUAUUUUUUUCUUCUUUUUCGGAUUUCAAGAAGUAAAGGGCUUCCUAGAGAAAUGUUUAUUUGUUUGUUCGUUAACUAAUGAAUUCAGAGCCAGGGGAUCUGUGUGAUGGAAUAUCAAGAGUGGUUUGGGAAUGUGUAGCACACCCCCCCCCCCCCCACUACCUCCCCACACCCCCAACCUGAACCCCCAAGCCCCCCUCAGGGACUGUGGCAACACACUGACUAAACACAGCCAUGUCCAUGCGCCUGGCCCCUCAUUUUCAACUGACACAAAUGAUCGCAGAUUCAAUCCAAAACUGCCAAGGCACCUGUGGGACAGCCAGCACUCUCAACAGCCUCUCAGACGCGAUACAGAUCCGCUAAGUACAGUCUCGCUCAGGGUAAACGCCCGUCUUAUGAACCCGGGUUCCUUGCUUUGUCAGUUCUGUACCUCUCACAACUAGCAACACCUGGGUGGGGAUUUCACAAAGCCUCCUUUAAUGCUGUUCAAAAACUACAUCACAAAUUUUGUUUUGGGCCAGCUGAAUACACAAUUCAGUCCAAUGACAAGGUGCUUUAAAGUAAAAGGUGCUUUAUGUUGAGAAAAGAGAUUUUUGGGUUUGUCUGGUGAUCAGAUUCCCUUUGCCAGUGGACUCAUAAUUCAUACUGACGUUACAAUUUCAAUUUUAAAAAAUCUUUGAUUAUAUGUAUUUGGAUAUAUGUUAGUAAAACAUUGGGCUGAAAUUAUUGCCAGUUUCCUUUAUAAUGUUUUCACAUAAAUUGAAAUUGUAACAAUUUUACAAUGUUACAGUACAUGGGUAUAAAAAUAGCUGUAUGGGUAAACUUUAUUCUGUGGCAUAUAUUUAAAGGUACACGCAUUCUUAUUUCAUAUUUCAUCACAGGGUGAUAUUAAUCAGUCCUAAGGGCUUAUUCUAAGGCUGAUUUGCACCACACUCAGAAACAAAUACUUGAUUGAAGUAUGACACUUAAACUAUUAAGAUGUUAAGUGUGCUGUAGACUUCACUGUUACAGUUUUUAAAAAGAAACUUGAAUAUUCCAACUAUACAUAAAUCUGCAGGAAAAUGUAUAUUGUAUCAAGUUACAAAAGCAGUUUGUAUGAGUUUUUUAUAUUCAGUUGAUUUAUUAACAAAAUUAAUUUUGGAUUUCAUUUUCCCUGCUGUUUUGUGUGGUACAGUGGAAAAACUUGAUUGUACUCAAGUGAUAAUUUAAGGAAAUACAAAACUAAGAAUCAAUUCUAGUCUUAGUUUAUGUAUAUUUGAUAAGUAUAUUACUACAAUUUAAGAAGAAAUACUGCAAUCAUGUAACUUUUUUGUAACAAACAAUUGUGCACCAAUUGAAUACCAAACAAUUGGUCAUGUUACUUGAAUAAUUACCAUAUUGUUGGCAUCCUCUUAAAAUUACAGUGAAGUGUUAAAUUGACCCAAUUAUAUGCACAGUGCUGUACAUGGAGUUCAGUGUAUUACAAAAGUAAUACAUACGUAAUUACGCAAUUAGCUUGCACUUCUGUUGUAAAAAACAAAAAUAUAUGUUUUUAAA